GUGGUAACACUUUGGUACAGAGCUCCAGAAAUCCUCCUGGGCUGUAAAUACUACUCCACAGCUGUCGACAUCUGGAGUCUGGGCUGCAUCUUUGCUGAAAUGCUCACCAAGAGGGCCUUGUUCCCCGGAGACUCAGAGAUCGAUCAGUUAUUCAGGAUCUUCCGCACCCUGGGCACGCCUGAUGAGACCGUCUGGCCUGGAGUCACAUCCAUGCCCGACUACAAACCCUCCUUCCCCAAGUGGGCCCGGCAGGAUUUAGCCAAAGUGGUGCCGAUUCUCGAUGAAGAUGGAAGAGAACUGCUCGGA